AUGGACAAUUCAACUGGAAAGGUUUUUGUUCUACAAGGACUGAAUGAGACGACAUCAAACAAACACGCAUACUUUGUCGUCGCUCUCCUGGCUUACUUUUUUACUAUUUUAGUGAACCUGACUUUGAUCGUGACAAUUAUUUUGGAGAAAACGCUUCAUGAUCCCAUGUUUAUAUUUCUGGGUAACUUGUGUGUAAAUGGGAUAUUUGGUGCCUCUUCAUUUUAUCCGAAACUAAUGGUGGACCUUUUAUCUAACUCGAGUUUGGCUGGAGUUGUUUCGUAUGAAGCUUGCCUGGUUCAGAUUUUUAUAAUAUACAACUACGUCUUCUGCGAAAUCACUACGUUAGCUGUGAUGGCUUAUGACCGGUAUGUCGCGAUAUGCAAGCCGCUCAGUUACCACUCUAUCAUCACGCCUCGGAAGGUAAUGCAAUUGCUGCUUUUUGCCUGGCUGUUAUCCUUCUGUGAAUCAGCUGUUGGGAUGGGCCUGAUAGCCAGACUACCUCUCUGUGGAUUCAACAUUGAAAAGAUUUACUGCACAAACUGGGGAGUGGUAAAGCUGUCAUGUGUAGAUACCACUGUAAACAACAUAUAUGGAUACACGCUCAUCUUUUCUCAUAUUUCACAAGCAGUGAUGAUCUUGGUGUCCUAUGUUCAUAUCGUCAAAGCAUCCGUGCGAUCGCAGGAACAACGAAAUAAAUUCAUGCAGUCUUGUUUGCCACAUUUAAUAUCAUUGACGAACUUCUUCAUGGCACUCGUUUUUGAUGUUAUGUACGCUCGGUAUGGUUCCUACAGUCGUCUGCACGCUCUCCGCAAUUUCAUGUCCUUGGAAUACCUCGUAGUGCCCCCGCUCCUCAACCCCCUCAUCUACGGCCUGAAAUUGAACCAGAUCCGCCGGAGAAUUUUUCGAAUUUGCAGCCGGAAAAUACAUGCUCUAAAGUGA